UUAUCGUGUCGUUCCACCAAGGAUCAACCUAGUCGCAGGCUCGCUCUCCUCUUUACCCUUUCCCUCUCUAUUCCUCGCUCUCCGCCCUCUUUCUUUCUUCUCGCCGAAUCGGCCAUGCCCGCCCAAGUCGAAUCCCCCGAGGCCACCACCGCCAUAGCCCCCCACAAGAAGCGGAAACCAAAGCACAAGAAGGGCAAGACUCCAAACAAGAAGAUAAAGAAGGCAGCCGGGGCCAUGGCCGCCGCCGCCAAGCACAAUAACCCCAGCAAGAAGAUGAUCAAGCUAUUCCGCAAGAGGGCCAGGGAGUACAACUCCGAAGACGACGACGACGACGACUAUGACGAAGAGAAAUCGACUGCCGGACUGAGGGAUUCGAGCGCCGAAGCCCUUCAGGAUCGAGAGGAUGUCGCCUCGAGUGGGGACUCCGGCGAGGAGGGGGAAGGGCAGAGGGCUUUGGAUUCUGGAGACGAUUUCAGUGGAGAUUCCGAAGGUGAUGACGAGGACGAGGGGUAUGGCGCUCAUCAGCGUAUUACGAAGUUCGCCGAAGGUUCUAGAGCGUUCAGGGUGGCUUUCAUGAAGAUUAUGAAAAAGAAUCUUCCAAACGAUCCACUAGGUCCUAUAUUGUCGGCACACAAGAAGCUUGUCGCCGAGAAGCUUGCAGAAGAAGAAACUGAGCAUAAGGUGAAGGGAGAAGCAAAGAAAGAGAAGCAUUUGGCAGCAGAGAAAGGGCGUGUAAAGCCAGCUAAUUUCUUGGAUGCAAAGGAGAAGUCUCUUAUUAGUAUUGCCACAAAAGGAGUGGUCAAGUUAUUUAAUGCGGUAAGUAAGGCACAGAAUCCUCAGAGAGGCUUGAAUCCUUCAAAGUCAAAAGAUGCCAAAGUGUUGGCAAAACAAAGAAAACAAACUUUCUUAUCAGAACUCCAAAAACCAACAACACAAGCUCCCGGCAACCCUUCGCCAUUCAACUCUUCCAAGGUUCCCAAUUCUACAGGUAAAGAACAUAGUAAUGAGCCUGGAUGGGCUCCAUUACGUGACAGUUACAUGCUGAGUUCAAAGUUGAAGGACUGGGAUAAAAUGCCAGAUCCUGGUGGAGCUGUUGAUGAAGAAGACGUUUCUCUGGAGAGUUCCUCUGAUGAAGAAUAAAAAGACACGAAAACUUAAGGCUUUCUUACAGGCAUUCUGUGGCUGGUGUGAGAAGAAUGGAAUUAUGUAACUAGAAGUUAUUCUCGAGUAUCAUAUGCUUGUCUAAUUAAUUUGCUUCUACAGAAGCAGAUUUGUGCACCCAAGCUGGUUUAGAUGCUGUUACGACAACAAGAGCAUCUACAGUUAGCAUCAACAUUCUAGGAAUAUUGGAGGAGAAAGAUUUUGGGGUUUUCCAUGUUUGCCCAUAAUAGCACUAGUACUGCCGAUGAUUACUAGUUCACUAGUUUCUUAUUAUUACUUGUUUUUAACUUUUCCGACCUAGCUGCAGAUAAUUAGCAAAUCCUGUAAUCACUUAUUUUGCAAAUUGUAGGUGGGUGCCGUAUGUUUUUCAAACUGCCUACAGAACAAUUAUGAAAGCUUUUGGAAGGGGAAUCUUGCAUCCCUUUUUGUCAUCUGUCUCAUUCUCUAGAGGAUGACCGGAAGGUAAUGACAGGCCGGUGUAGUGCAUAUGACCAAAUUAGUUUCUUGAAUAAAUCGAUGCGUGAGAGAUUGUUU